GCCAUCGCAGCAGCAUCGGAUCGGUAUCUCUUGGACCGUAUCUCGGUCCGGUGACUUGCAGCAGCUGUGCACCCAAUGCACCAGCCGAACGAGUAGUGUCUUUUCAUGGUGCUUUGGCAGUGUCCUUGGUGUGGCCAGCAGUAGCUAGCUAGAAGAGCAGGUGCCAUAUCGUAACUUUCGCGUCGCGAGUCGCCAGCAGCAGUGUUGCGUUUUCCCCUUUGCUGAGGUGGCUCCGUGUGCGUGACGGCACAGCGAGGGCGUGCGAAAGAGAGGGCAGCAUCUGGGAGCUGCAGGUUUAUUGACCGACUGGCGACGGGGGCAAGCGACGCAUGCGACUGAGCCAACUCACGUACCAGCAGUAGCGGGGUUUCGAACACGAAGAAAUACGGACCCAUCUUCAGCUGCAUCCCUCUUGUGCCCAUCAGACCAGCAGGUGUCUCCGGUUUCUGUGACUCCCUGUCUGGGGAGCGGGUUGGGACUGGAACAACGCAUACACCUUACUCAUCGGAGUGGCCACGCAUAUGACGCGGAUCACACGGGGCCUAAACUAGCGCGCAUCAGAUUCGCGGAUUUCUCCAGCUGCACACAUCCAGAGUUUCCCGGUCGCGGUCCAGCUGGUUACAGCCCCCAGCCACGAGCGGCCACCGACGCGAGCACCGACACGGGCUACAGCCGGCUGGUCACGAUCAAACGGGAGAGCCGCAACGAUGGCGCUGAAGAAGGUGAAGGGCAACUUCGAACGGAUGUUUGACAAAAACCUGACCGAUCUCGUACGCGGCAUACGCAACAACAAAGAUAACGAGGCCAAGUACAUCGCACAGUGCAUCGAGGAGAUCAAGCAGGAGCUGCGGCAGGACAACAUCAACGUGAAGAGCAAUGCGGUGGCCAAGCUGACCUACCUGCAGAUGUGCGGAUACGACAUCUCGUGGGCUGGCUUCAACAUCAUCGAGGUGAUGAGCUCCAAUCGGUUCACGUGCAAGCGGAUCGGCUACCUGGCGGCCAGCCAGUGCUUUCACCCGGACAGCGAGCUGCUGAUGCUCACGACUAACAUGAUCCGGAAGGAUCUCAGCUCGACCAAUCAGUACGAUGCUGGGGUCGCCCUGUCCGGUCUUAGCUGCUUCAUCUCGACCGAUUUGUCGCGCGAUCUCGCCAACGACAUCAUGACCCUGAUGAGCUCCACGCGGCCGUACCUGCGGAUGAAGGCGGUGCUGAUGAUGUAUAAGGUGUUCCUGCGCUACCCGGAGGCACUACGGCCCGCCUUUCCGAAACUGAAGGAAAAGCUCGAGGAUCCGGACCCGAGCGUUCAGUCGGCGGCCGUUAACGUGAUAUGCGAGCUGGCACGCAAAAAUCCCAAGAACUACUUGUCCCUCGCACCCAUCUUCUUCAAGCUGAUGACCACCUCCACCAACAACUGGAUGCUGAUCAAGAUCAUUAAGCUGUUUGGUGCUUUAACUCCGCUAGAACCCCGAUUAGGCAAAAAGCUUAUUGAACCGUUGACCAAUUUGAUUCAUAGUACCUCCGCGAUGAGUCUUCUCUACGAGUGCAUCAACACCGUGAUUGCCGUAUUGAUCAGCAUUAGCAGCGGUAUGCCCAAUCACAGUGCUUCCAUUCAGUUGUGUGUGCAGAAGCUGCGCAUCCUCAUCGAGGAUUCGGACCAGAACUUAAAGUAUCUGGGGCUGUUGGCAAUGUCAAAAAUAUUGAAGACACACCCGAAGAGCGUGCAAACACACAAGGACCUCAUACUCGCCUGUUUGGACGACAAGGACGAAUCGAUUCGCCUCCGGGCGCUCGAUCUGCUCUACGGCAUGGUAUCGAAGAAGAAUCUGAUGGAGAUUGUGCGACGGCUGCUGGGACAUAUGGAGCGUGCCGAAGGUUCGUCGUAUCGGGACGAGCUACUAUUCAAGGUGAUUGAGAUCUGCUCGCAAGGUUCAUAUCAGUACGUGACCAACUUUGAAUGGUAUCUGACGGUGCUGGUGGAGUUGAUUUUGCUGGAGUCGGGCUCAAAGCACGGCCAACUGAUCGCCGCCCAGUUGCUGGACGUAGCUAUCCGCGUGCAGGCAGUGCGCUCGUUCGCCGUCAACGAGAUGGCCACACUGCUGGCCUCCUAUCCGGUAUCCUCCGUCCCGAACGGUACCAUGCACGAGGUACUGUACGCCGCUGCCUGGAUUGUCGGCGAAUUCGGCAGCUGCCUGACCAAACCGGAGCAAACGCUGGCCGUGCUGUUGCAACCGCGACCCGUCCCGGGGCACAUUCUGGCAGUUUACGUGCAGAAUGCACUCAAACUGUUCGCCUACCUUGCCGGACGGGACAGUGACGAUGUGGGGGCCCUGCGUGCCCACUGUGACACGUUUCUGGCCGGUUUGCCUGCCUUUCUCAGCUCCGCUGAUAUUGAGGUGCAGGAGCGUGCCAGUUCUACCUUCAUUCUGGUGAAGCUUCUGCGCGAGCAGUUGGACGACGCGAACACCACUGUGCCACCAAUCAUCGAAUGUCAAACGGCUAACAUAAUCGGUGAUUUUGCAUCAUCUACGGAACGUCGCAGUAGUGGCAGCAAUCAAGCUAGUAACGAUAAGCUGAUGCUGGACGGCGAAGAAGAACCAGCUGCAGGUGCAGGGCCGUCGGAGACAGUGGGUCCACCGCUGCGAGCCCAGCAGCUGGUCCACGAAAUCUGCGAACUGUUCCGUUGCGAGCUGAACCCGGUGGCGCCCAAAGCGCAACGUAAAGUGCAAUUGCCUGAUGGUCUCGAUCUGGACGUGUGGAUCAACACACCACCGGCGUCCGGAUCGGCCGACGGUAGCAGCAGCGCCGACGGGGCAUCCAGCGAGGACGAGAAAAAGCUGUUCCCAAUCUUCCUCGGUGACAAUGGCCGCCAGGGGCUCGACACUAACGGCGAUGGUCGUUCAUCGUCCUAUAAGCGCGUAGAGUGCACGAAGGAAGAGCUUGAAAAGAUGCGUGAGGCACGACUGUUGGAGCAAACGAACAAUCCGAACUAUCUCAAAACGACCAAAAAGGGCAAUGGUACGAAGGAAAACUACGCAGACAUUCCGAUCGCAGAGAUUGCUCUCGAUGUACCGCUACAGAUACAUUCCACAAAACGGUCGGAACGAUAUCUUAUGCAAGACCGACGGACUGGUGAUGCCGGAGGGGGCUCAUCGAAGGGUUCCAAGAGUGCUGGCAAAAAGGCAAAAAAGCGUGGUAAGAAAGGCAAACGCUACUCAGAAGAGUCGGAUUCGGAAAGCGAUGAUCCGAAGCCAUUGCACAUUGUUAACACCGUAAUUGAGCUUCCCGAGGGUGCGAUUCUUUCGGAUUCCGAGGACAAAAACAAUGAAGAUCCAAACGAUCCGCAUCGGGCACUGGACAUCGAUCUAGACGCACCAUUAGAGGACGAACGCCCCGUAAGGAGGGCGGUGUCGUCCGCUAUCGGACCGAAAGUAUCACCGUUGGCAGUGGGCGGUACCGGUGGAUCGAGUCUGGCUCACUUGCAACUUACUACCGGUUCUAGCAACGAAGCAACAGCCAGCGCAAGGAAAGGCGGAAAGGUAGCGCGGCGCGUAACCGACACCACCGCGAGCAACGAGAAACCGUCGCACGGCAACGACCGGAAGCGAAAAAAGAAAAAGAAGGAAUAUAAAGAAGGUGACACCAGGAGUAGUCCGAUGAUACUGAUGCUCGACGUGAGGCCGACAUCCGAUGCCUCCCAACACCACCGGUCAUCCAGUAAGCGCGCAGGUAAAAAACAAACGUCCGCAAGCGGGAGCAAUCUCUUGGAGGAUACCAUAGCCACCGUGGGCGAUGAUGGAAUGCCUGUGUCCGUAAACCCGCCACUGGACGAUGGUAGCGUGGAGUGUUCCAAUGACGCGAAACGCAAAGCGCUGGUGAAAAAGAGUAGUAAGAAGUCAAAGAACCGCGACCGAGAGUCACGGUCUUCCCUGAAAGGUGGUUCCAGGCAACUGGACGACCAACCAAAACCGGGCUACGAGGAGAUGCUUACGCCGGCCAAGGAUAUGAUGUAAGUGGGGAAGCGCAGAUGAACCCAAAACAACAGCAAAAGAUAGGCAAACCCCAGAAUACUCUCAUUCCUCAACAAUGCUUUUCUUUGGUGCGAACUGAAUCGAAUAAUUGUGCGGAAAAUUGCCAAGUAAAAAGCAAAAUGAGUUAGACUAGCCGAGUCAAACAGGCGAAAGGAGCACGAGAAAGAACCUAGGCGCAGGUGUUAAAAGAAAACAGGAAUACGGUCCGAAUCGUUGUCGAUACGAUGCGAUUUGCGGCGACCAAUUUACCGACGAUUGUGUUGCGUGGAAGAUUGUUUCAUUAUUAUUCAUCGUCCAUACAAGGGUAGGGUCGCUAGGGCGACCUUAACAUUAUUAUCCUUAUUUUUAUAAUAACUAUUAUUAACAUUAUUAUCAUUACCUAUCACCAUUUCGUGCACGCUUUUGGUUAGUUUUUGGGCGUUCCGGGCGGCUGGAAUUCCGGGUGAUUAAACUCAACCAUCCAAAGCACACCGGGACCGGUGUUGUCCCUGCGGUGCGGUUGGUGGUGUUCUGAAUUUUGUGGGUGCAAUUGCGAUGCGAAAUGGAGAGAGAAUGAAUUUAGCAAAACUAAAAAACAAAAGUGCAGAAAAGAGAGAAUGUUAACUUUGUGGAUCCGAGACCGAGACCGUGGAUUUCCUUACCCCCAGCUUGCGAGUGGCGUCUCAAAUGGAACAAAAAAUCGAUGGAAAUAAGAAACAGAAUGUAAACGAAACAAUAAAAUCACCCGCCAGCAGAAAGUUGCACCUUUUUGCGGAUAUAUAUAUACAUGU